AUGGCAUUCCGUACCACCUCAGCUGUGCGACAAGGCUUGCAGAGCCUGCUGCAAAAGCGAGCGGAUGAUGUGGUGUUCACCACGGCGCUUCGAACGCCCAUCGCGCGCAUGAAGAAGGGCUUCAAAGACGCCUAUCCGGAAGAGCUCCUCUCGCACGUCCUCCGCCGUACCCGCGAGCGACUCGAGUCUCGUGGCGUGGACACCUCCAUCAUUGAAGACAUCUGCACGGGCACGGUGCUCAUGGAGCUGGGUGGCGCGAAGUCUGGACGAAUGGCUGCCUUGCACGCGGGCAUGCCCGUCACUUCGGCUUAUAAAACCGUCAACCGCCAAUGCGCGAGUUCGCUGCAAUCCAUCACGGACAUCGCCAACGCCAUCCGCGCCGGUGAGAUCCAGUGCGGCAUCGCGGCGGGUGUCGAAUCCAUGACGCGCAACUAUGGCUCCCGCGCUAUCCCCACCGACCUUAGUCCGCUGCUCAAAGAAAGCGAAAGCGUUGAUGCGAGGGAUUGCAUCCUGCCCAUGGGCGAGACGUCCGAACGUGUUGCGGACAAGUGGAACAUCAGCCGCGAACGUCAAGAUGAGUUUGCCGCCGAGUCGCACCGUCGUGCCGAGGCCGCCCAACAGGACGGUCGGCUAGCAUCCGAGAUCGAACCCAUCGAAGUCCGAUGGAUCGACACGGACACCGGUGCCGAGUCUAUCAAACUCAUUAGCAAGGAUGAAGGCAUUCGACCAGGAACCACCGCCGAAUCGCUAUCGAAGCUCAAACCUGUUUUCCGCAAGGACGGGCGGAGCACCGCAGGCAACUCGUCGCAGGUCUCGGACGGUGCGGUUGCGCUCACCAUGGCCCGACGCGAUGUGGCCGAGGCAGCAGGGAUGGAGAUUUUGGGCAGAUGGGUGGGAACAGCGACCAAGGGCGUCAAGCCCGACGUCAUGGGCAUCGGUCCCGCCGAGGCCGUGCCCAAGCUCCUCCAGCGCUUUGGGGUGACGACGGAGGAGGUGGAUCUGUGGGAGCUCAACGAGGCGUUUGCUUCGCAGAGCCUGAUGGUGAUGGAUACGCUCAAGUUGGAUGUGGCCAAGGUGAACGUCAAGGGUGGAGCGAUUGCAUUGGGACACCCGCUCGGCGCGUCGGGUGGGAGAUUGGUGACGAGUCUGUUGGCCGAGCUGAGGAGGACGGGCCAGCAGGUGGGGGUGGCUACGCUCUGCUGCGGGACUGGAUACGGCAAAGCCUCGCUCAUCAUCGCCGAGUAG